AUGCAUGGCGGAGAGCUGAGUCCUCUUGAUAGCAGGGGACUGUGUCUGCUAUCUCUGGAUGGUGGAGUGCGAGAGCUCUCAGCACUGUACAUUUUGAAAGCUCUCAUGGAUCGAUUGAACCAUGAACGAGCGGAUCGCCCACCAGUCAAGCCAUGUGAAGUCACAGGAGGAUUGAUUGCAAUCAUGCUCGGCCGCCUUGAGAUGACUGUUGACGAGUGUAUUGAUACUUGGACUGGCAAAAUUAAGUUGCGAUUUAAUGCAAAAAAGCUAGAACAUGCAAUUAAAGAUGCCAUUACAAGCAAUGGGGCAAAGGAGACAGACUUUUUAAUGACGGACUUUGUGUGCACCAUUGCACAUGAAAUGGAAGAGAUUGCACGCCUUCGAAGUUACAGCCUACCCCACAAACGCAACAUUCGUGCCACUAUCUGCCAGGCCGCACUUGCAACGUCAGUUGCCACAACCUUCUUUGAUCCUGUUUACAUUGGAGCGCGCAAGUUUGCUGAUAGGGCUUUGGGUGCUAAUAAUCCAGUGGAACAGGUGGAAUGGGAAGCGUCAGACAUCUGGUGCUCUGGUACAGGUGAUUUAAAGCCGCUCGCGAAGUGCUUUGUCUCCAUCUGGACAGGGAGCCCAGGAAAGAAAGCAAUUGAAGACAAUAUAUUGAAGUUUCUUUCUGGAACGCUGCAUUUAGAUGAGAAGCGGUAUUUCUGCUUCAAUGUCGACCAGGGUCUGCAGAAUGUGGGGUUGGCGGGAUAUCGCGAGCAAGGAGAAAUCGAAGCAGCAACAGAUGACUAUCUUGAACAUCAGGCCCAAGAGUUCCGAGUGCGAGAUUGUAUUCAGAACUUGAAAUUUAAGGAAAGUGUGUACAUCUCAGAUUUUGUAUAG